CCUUAAGUUUCCUUGAGGGGCUUCCCGCCGCGGGCGAAGGGAAGGGGGCUGCUGUGCUAGCGCGGGCCUCGGGGGCCGGUUCAGGACUCCGGCCGGGGCCGAAAGGCAGCGCCGAGGAAACGGCGCACUUUCCCCCCGCAGCGCUCCCCUCUCGGAGCUUCCCGAGCCGCUGAUGGGCUCUUCCUCUCCCUUCCCCUCCUCCCUGUUUUCAGCCCAGGCUGGGAUGGUUUUGGACAAGGAUGGCAAGAAAAAACACUCCCGACCGACCUUCUCGAUGCGGAGGACUGAUUCUUCGCGGCUCCCGAGGGCUCAUCGCAGAAAACGGGGGGCGGGGAAAGCGGGUCUGGAUAACCUGGAGGGAGAAAGGGAAGGGGAUCCCCGGAUCGUCCCCGCCCUCGGGAGUCAACAGGCGUGUGACCGCUCGUCUCUCCCUCUCUGGGCGGCCCAGGUCUGGUUCCAGAACCGGAGGACCAAGUGGCGGAAGCGGCACGCCGCCGAAAUGGCCUCGGCCAAGAAGAAGCACGACUCGGAGACCGAGAAGCUGAAGGAGAGUUCAGAGAACGAGGAUGACGACGAGUAUAACAAGCCGCUGGACCCCAAUUCGGACGACGAGAAGAUCACGCGGCUCCUCAAGAAGCACAAAGCGGCCGCGGCCGCCGCGCCUCUGGCCCUCCUCAGCCCCUGCAGCAACGUCUCGGACCCCUCGUGACUGGGGCUCAGCCCUCGCCCGCCCCCCCGUCCCUCCUCUCCGCCGGCCAAGCAGGGUAGUCGACGCCAGCCUGCCAGCCUCGGGACUGGCCGCCGCGACGUCUUGUACAGCCCGCAUGUCGGGAAAGUCAUGUCUGUAUAUAUAUUUUUACCGAAUAAGUUAUGGCAAUGAAUGGUCAAGUUAUGGCCCUUUCUCUCCGCCGGUGCAGGAAGGAAAGAAGGAAGUUUUCCAAUUGCAGCCUUCGUGGGGUACGUCUCGGUUUCUUCGCCAUCCCGCCUUUCCCCCCUCCGUCCCUCCCUUUCCCACGCACCCCCUUCUGACUUUGGAAAUCAAAGCUGCCGCCUGCGCCUCGGGCCAGGGUAAUUCGAAAUAAAGUAGCACUAAAAGCAAACGGGGUUCGGCUGCAGCCGGCCCGUCUGGCCUUAAGCGGGAUUCGGGCAGCGUGUGUGGCCGAAGGGCGAAGCGAAGCGAAGCUCAGCUCAGGCGUAGCUGCUAGGAGGAGGGCAGCCUGUUGCAUCAGGGGCUGACUUUUGAGACCCGGCUCUCUAGCGGUGCCGCCCUAAGUACCCCGACUAGGGAGUAAGCCCACUGGCCCUUAGGGAGACCUGCCCUUGGUUCAAAAGGAAUGUAGGAUUGCAGAUGACUAAUAGGUAAUUGAUUUGGGCCAAACGUGAUCGCAGCGUUAUGCAUGCUGCUUGGAGGCUUCAUCAGAGCCAACUAAGUAGGUAUGAGGUUGGGCCUCAUCUAUGAUACAAGAGUCCAGGAGAGCCCCAGGCUACCUAUCCUUGGUCUUGGCAUAUCUGCACUUAGUUGAAGCCUGUUUAAUUCCUGGGAUGUACUGUGCAAGUAACUGCUUUAAAUGUCUGCCAUAGCCUUCUGUACAACUUUCAUCCCAUCCAAUUGUAGACACACUUGUUUGCAAAGAGGAUGAUCCAUAAAUGCCACUGGGAUGUCAGUGGGCUGAGGAUGGAGUAGCUACUGCCUUUGAAAUUGUGAUUCCCAUUCCCCCCCCCCCCCUCCACCCCGUGGCUUUCCUGCUCCUAACAAUCAAGCUGUUGUUACUGUUUUGUAUAUGAGUGGAGGAUACCAGCUCAGCUGUGUAUAUAGAAAAUUACAGAUUUUUGUGAUGUAUAUUUCUAGUGUAAAAAUGAAAAAGGUUUUCUUUCCUUUUUUUUAAUUUUGGGUUUGGAUGGCUUCACUUCCUUCUCUUUGAUUUUUUUUUUUCCCCCGUUUUAAGAGAAUGUAAAGAGAGAGAGAACUGCAUCACUCGAUUUUCAAUUGCUUUCUGACUCUUACUGUUGGAAAGAAUUUGUAUAAAUCAAUAAAUUAUUUAACAAGCUUUUCCUCUGGAAAAUAUCUGCCUUUGGAGUGUGAGAGAAUGAUGGCUGUCUUGGGCUUAUUUCACUGGAGUUUUGUGGGUCAGCUCUUUCUUAUGUAGAAGCAACACUUCUUCAUAAGAUUUGGUGUUUUGGUGGAAAGAUUUUUGACCUGGGUUAUUUUCUAUGUUGUUUAAACAAAAAGCAUAGAACUGGUCUUGCUAAUUGGCAGAAUGCUCUUUCAGCAACUGAUAUAGAGAAUACAGUACUGCAUAGUUUAAAGCCCUAACUUCCAUUUCAGUGGAUAGUUUCAGAUAAAGCUGCAGUCUUGAUUUAUUAGAGUAUCAGGUAUAUGAAUGGUUCGACCAUAUUCAGUCCUGGGAGUGUGUUUGCUGUGAAAGGAAACUUUUCUGGGCAAUUCUCCCCUGAUCAGUUUUAAAAAAAGCUUUCCAUUGGAAAAAUGCUUUACCUAUGGAGAAUAUGUUAUUUGGGUGCUUGAAAACUCUGUAUUUGCAUUUCUCAGAUUAAAGGCAUACAGAAGAAGGAAACCUUUAGUUGCAACAAGCACUGCUCCCCAGUAGCAAUGUGAUAUCAUCCUCCUCCUCCAUAGUGUGUCUGUAAAUUGUCCAGAAAUAUUGUCAGAUGAAACAUUUUUUUCUUUCAGGGAGAAUUUCAGAGUGGCUAAAUAGGAUCAUCUCAACAGGUGAUUCUGUUUCUAUGAUAAUAUCCAACUGUUAGAAAACAUUUCUCCUGCUGAAUCUCUCAUUUAUUCCCUCACAGUUAUUAGGAUAGACACAAUUUUUGGUCUGAUGGUAUGAUUUGGCCUUUGGCUAGCCACUCUCCAUAAAAUAGGUGGACCAGGACAGAAAAGUGAGCAGAAUCAAGACAAAAACCAAAGUUGUAUUAACUCAAAUUUACUUUAAAUCAAUACAGUUAACAUGGUUGCUGUUCAUGUGUUUAAUAAGUUCCCCUUCUAUCUCGUUAUUAUUUUCACUGUGGUUGUAACUUUUGAAUGGCUGCUGGGAUCUACCCCCAAAGCUUUCAGGGGACACAUACAUCCCUGAACUAGGAACUCCUGGGAGAUUUCAGUCAGUGUGAAUAACUCAGUAUAGUUCAGGAGAGCUAUCAUCCUCAUUCUGGCUUGAUGUCCACUGGGAGUUGGAAUAUUUUGAUGGGAUCAGUUAGAAGAACAAGUCAAACAAGCAUGUUCCAAGUGACAAACAUUGCUGUGUGAUCCAUUCAUCUUGGAGAGCAAUAUUGCUGUAAUAUGAAUCUGAUUAUGCUUGAAGAGACUCAUCAGCUAUGAGAAAUAAUGUGCUCCCAUGCACCUAGUUCCAAAAUAAUAUAGCCCUUUAGUCAUAAUGCAGAACUAUUAAUACUGUUUGAGUAGACAAGAAAGCAUGAAUAGGAAUGGAAUGAAAUGUGAAUAUAUUAUCUGGCCUUUAGCUGCCUUAAAGCUAUAGCUUCAAACAGGUUUCUACAGGAUUUUAUGUAUGCCAUACAAAUAACGUGAGAGAAAUGAUAGAGGCUUUGGGUUGAAUGCUGUACAUGCUUAUAUGGGAAUAUGCCCCCUUAAAAUAAGCAAGACUAACUUCUGAGUAGAUAUGUGUAGGGCUGCAUAGUCACCUGUUUGGUAGAAAGUGUGUAGACUUCAAAAAAAGCCAGAAACUGCAAAAAAAAAAAAAAGGUUAAGGCCCAUCAGAAUGAGUGAAGCUAUUUUCCAAGUGAGUACACUUAGCACUGGGCUGAGUGCCUGACAGCAGAAAAACCGCAUCAGAUUUCAGUGGAAGCAAAGUUUGUUUGUUUGAAGAUCUGCUAAACUGUCCCUUCCAUAAUUUGUGACUUUAGGCAGGGUGCAUCAAUGAAAAUUAAAACAAAAACCCAAGUCAAAAUGUACGUACAAUACAGAACCAAUAUAACAAAUCAAGGUCAACACAGCUGUCGAAGACAGUUUCAUGUUGGAAGCAGAAAAUCCAAAGUGGUAAUUCCAAUAAGGGUGGUAAAAUCGAUAAUAAACUCUUUUCCCCAAGUUCUGCUACCUGAGACAGCCCAUUUCACCCUUCUUAAUGGAAAAGAGGGGCAAAACACGAGCAUUUUUGCUCAGUUCAGGCCCUGGUUUUGGAUAAGUUUAAGAUUCCAAUGAAAACAGGCAGUUUAUAUUAACAAUAUUUGCUGCAAUUCCAUUUUUAGUCUCAUAGUUUCUAUUAAUGCUAUCAACACCAGAUGAUGAUAUUUAUUUCCCUUAUUUUUACAAGAGCACGCAUGCCUUUGGCCUUUGUGUUUCUAACACAUAGGGCUAUUUAAACUGAACCUUUACAUGCUUAUUCAGAAGUAAGACUAGCAGGAUUAAAUGGGGCUGUGAGGUAAGUGUAUAAGGAUUGUAGCUUUAAUUAUUUACUUCACAAGGUAUUAAAUAUAUAAUGCCAGUAAACAGAACAGAUGCAUUUUCUGAGGAAUAUGGUUUGCCUGAGGUAUAUUUAUAGCAGCAGUGAAGUAUAUUCCCUGGACAAUUGGAAGAAACCACUGAAAAAUAACUUAAUAAAUUAAAGGAACACAAAAAUAUCACGCAAUCUAUGUGAAGUAAGGUGCAAGAUUAAAAUGUUAUUUUUAAAAAGUCAAGGAAAAUGAAGACUCAUCACGUGGUAUAAAAAUGACAGCAUUUUUAUUUAUAUAAAAAAUGUCUAUCCGACCCUGAAUUAUACAUAUGUAUGAUAAAGGCAGGAUAUCAUUUUUAUCUGAAUAAAUAGUAAUACAAUGAACCUUUCUCCUAGAUUGUGAGAAUUCUUCUUUGUAAGGAAAAAAAUCCACCAUCUGCAUUAGGACAAUGCCUAUAUUAAGCUACCUUAUAUGCUAUAAAAUAUGCAAGCUUUCUAUACAGCAUAUAUUGAUGUCUUCAUCAGGCAAAAUAUUAAAAGCAAGUUGGAAAGGGAACAAGGAAAAAUGCUGCAGUGAAGAAUGGGGGAAAGUGUUCCACAGCUGGAAUGCCGCUACUGGGACAGUCACUUUCGAUGGUGGCUCCACCUUUGAAAGCAGACAGGGAUCUAACACUAAACCCACAAAAGCAAUACAUGAAAUAGUAUUAUUAUGAAUGCUAAUGUGUGAUUCUUCAUCUUAUAGUGGCACUCUUGCUAAUUGUUUUCAUUCUAGCCAUUGUAAUCCUUACGUUAGUCUAGGUCAGGGGUAGACUUUCUAAACUUCCAGAAUCACAUAUUGCUGCCAAGCUUUUUUCAUUUCAUUUCAUUUCAUUUCUUUCUCUUCCUUUCUCCCUCUCUCUCUCUCUCUCUCUCUUUUUUUUGAGCCUGGAGUCCCUCUGACUGCACUGCAUCACCAGAAUUUAGUAACUGCUGAAAAUGGGUGAAGAGAACACAAGAAUCCAGUAAUGCAAGUUGUAACUGUUACAAAAACCAGCAAAAAGCUGUGCAAACAGUGAGGGAGGAAGAACCUUUCUAGUCCCUUACGUACAUGCAUGACUCAACACCAGCCAACUGCUGCCGCCUUCCUCCUCUAAUAAGUGUGGCUUCCUGGUCUCCAAAAUAUUCCCUCAUUCUAGGCUGUACCAUGUGACAAAAAAGGUUAAAACAUUUGGACUAAAAUGUUUUCCUAGCCAGUCUUUUGGGAAUGUCUAUAACAGGGAGUAUCAUCCUAGAGGUCACACUAUAUUUUUCAGACAAAAAAUUGCUUUAUUAUCCCACAAAUGUACGUGCCUCAGGAAUAGUGCUAAAUUUCAAGCCAUGCUGGAAGUGCUCUCUCUCUUCUUGGUGAGAAAGAUACAUUUUAAGCAUCUGCUGGAUGUCAAAUACAUUAAAAUUUCCUAUCCCUAAUGAGACUCUUUUAAAGCUUCAUAAUUACCUUAUGAUAUCUGGGGUUAAUUUUCUCUUUUGUUUUUCUAUGUAUUUUAAGUAAUAAAUGUGAAUAUGGCCCUAGGGAUGGGCAAUUAUUCUAGAUUAAGGGGCAAAGAUGUAAUGCUGUGUGCAUUGUAUAGAAGCAUUGAAUUAAACGGAAGACGACAGACCACAUGUCCAUUAUUCUUUUGAAAAACAAGGAUGCCUUUCACGAAGUGUCUGUAGUAUUUUUCACAAAAUGAAAAUUUCCCCACUUCCAGUAACUUUUUAGGCCUGGAAAAAAAUUUUUCCCACCAUUUCAGAGGAAGAUUUUAUGUAGUAUCCAUUAGAUGUACAUGAUACUUUUCUUCCAGGACUCUUCAUGGUGUUUUCUCCAUGAGCUCGUUUUAUCAACAAACCUGUGAGUUGGGUUGGAUUGCAAGACAGUAACUACUCUGGCGUGAUCCAUAAGCUUCAUGGCUGAGUAUGGAUUAGAACUUGGGUCUCCCCAGUCACAGUCCAACACUCAACACUAGAUCACAUUUAUCUUCUAAAAUGCCUAAUCUUUGCAUGUUAUAGUCUUUCCUUCCUUUCCCUUUCCUUCUGGAGGGAAUGAGAAGAUUAAUUUUGCAUGAAAUAAAUUCUUAGACUGAACAUUUCAGGGGAUAUCAGUGCCUGUAUUUCUCACAUCUCUAACAAAGAUGUAGGAGGUUUCUUAUGUUUCUCCCACAGACUACCCACACUCACAAUACUCACAAGUGACAUAAUUCAGACCACACCUGCAAUCCCAAUGCACACUGCUUUGGCAUUAGAUCCCACUGAGACCAAUUGCCAGGAUGGUAGUUUAGUAGUGUGGCACAACAUUGACAGGUAGAAAGCCCUACUUUCUACAGGUAGGAAAUUUCCAGCCCUAUCUAAAAACAAGCAGAGCAUCUUCCGAUUCGUACAACCUAUUCUGCACUAGAUGGAUCAACAGCUUGAUUUGAUAUACCUUCAUUGCUAUGGGAUGUUUUAGGGUGGGAUGUUUUUCAAGGUAUCUGUGCAAAGAGACUGUAUCUAAAUGUCUCUUUAACACUAGGACUCAAGAGCACCCAAAGCUUAGCUCUUGUAAUGUGCAGCACUGGGACUUAAUAUUACCCAUAAGUCUAGGGAAUGGACCAACACC